CAAGAGGGGCCGCUCUGCGUGGACGAAUAGAGCUCCGAUUACUACUCUUUUUUUCUCUCUUUCUUUUUCUUCUCCCCCCCCCCCCCCCCCGGGUUUCGUGUUCUUUGAUGGUUUGUUGACGAUACAACGCAACAGUUACUAGAGCGUAGAGGAAAGCAACGGAUGUCGUUUGCAAAAGAAAAAAAAAUACAUAAAACAAAAGCUCGAGGCUGGUGCUCGUUUGGUCGGGGCGAACUGCGAUCUUGGCAGCGGGGGAGCUGGGCUCUCCUCGCGGGGCUUGGACAGCGUAGAAGCCGAGAAGGGUGGGGGGGCCCAACAACUUUGGGGGAAUAGCUGGUGGUGUAACCCCAAACACAAGUUUUUGUCAUCGUUUUCAGUUCAGCGAGGUAUUCCAAGGAACUUACUCUACUUGCCGUCAAUGUUUGGAGCAGUUCCAGCCAUGGAUGCGAGUUGGAGGAACUGUUUCGAGGAGGAGCUUCUGUGUCCUAUCUGCCUGAAUGUGUUCGAGGAGCCAAUCCAGCUGCCAUGCAAACACAACUUCUGCAAAGGUUGCAUCUCAGAGGCGUGGGCCAAAGACAACGGCGCAGGGGUUCGCUGCCCCGAAUGCAACCAUGAGUACGAACAGAAGCCGUUACUGGAGAAGAACUUCAAAUUGGCCAAUAUCGUCAAGAGAUUCAAUGUGUUGGACUCUGAGAAGUCCCCGGUGGCACUGCACUGCGUUUUGUGCAGACGAGGCCCGCCGCUGCCCGUCAGGAAGGUGUGCCUGCGCUGCAAGGAGCCAUGCUGCCAGAUGCAUGUGCACACGCACCUGCAGCAGCCGUGCGUGGCGCCCGGUCACCUGCUGGUGGAUGCCGAGGAGUUGAGCGCCUGGACGUGUCCCAGCCACGAUGAAUACAGGCUGCUUCACUGCGAGGAAGAGCAGGUGGCUUUGUGUCCCUUCUGCUGCAUCUCCCAUUGCAGCGCCCAAAGGCACACGGUCUGCGACGUGGACACACAACACAUGCACAUGCAGGCCGCGCUAAUGAGACAACAAGACAGACUGGAGGGUCGUGUUCAGAACAUCGAUGAGCACAUUACCAAGCUGGAGUCCGACAAGACACUGAUGAAGGACGCAGUUUCAGACCUGAAGGAGAGAGUCAGGGACCAGUACCAGAGGAUGCACAGCUUGCUGGAAGCCAAACAGUGUGAAAGUAUUCAGAUGCUGGAGAGAGCGUACAGCUCGUACAGGAGGAAAAACUCCCAGCAGGUUUUGCACCUCAACGAGCGGCGGCAGCAAGCGGAAAAACUCCUGAGCUCAGUUCAAGCCUUCUUUCAAAGAGCCGACAACAUCAACUUUAUGAAGAACACAAAACCUUACCAACUACUAACUGAUAGGUCCAAUUUGCAGCUGAGCAGUUCUGUGCCUCCAGUCUCGGUGGGCCAAAUCAGCGCUCAUCAUUUCUCCUCUGGCCUCUCAACACAGGAAAAGAAUCUGCGCAAAAUCCUGGACGAACCUGUCAAUGAGGUGUCUAUCCUCGAGAUAGUCCAGACACAGUUAAGCCCUGUUGGUGCUCGCUCCGGACUCAAUAAGAGGAAAUAUGGCAUGGCUUUCCUGGAGAGUGCCACAGAAAACGCCACUUCGCAGCAUAUUCCAGCUUUGCUCUACACCAACAAAAUGCCUCUCCUGACUGAACACAGCCAACGCAGCUCAAACAUGUUCUCCUCUGAUGCUCUGGGGCAGAACGCUCACUCUGGUCAAGGCCACAGUCUCUUCCUGGACACUUCGGACCAUCACGUGGUGGGCCAACACUCUGAGGCCAUUUUCCCAUCACACCUCCGCGGCGGCGGCGGCGCGUCCCAACAGGCUGUGUACGACGGCAGGAAAGUCUUGAUGUGCUCCAGGCCUGCAGCUGCCCAGCCCCUUUACCCGACACAUGACUCGUUCGCCCCCAUCACCUCUCAGGAGUUUGGCACCAUACCUGGCAGCCAGCCCCUGCAGCAUUUACCCAUGAGGGGACUGAUGGAAGCCUCACAGGCAUCCAGGCGCCCUGACUAUUUUGGCCUGUACGGCCAGUCUUCAACCAAGCAUUACGGCACCAAGUAACAAUGUGGUCAAAUCAACACGAGCUUCACUUUUUUCUUCAUUUUGGAUUAAGAAUACAUUCAGCGUUCUCUUCUUAUUAAUGCAUCCACGACCCAAUGAGAUCCAAUAUAAGAGCUGGUUAAACAAUUCUGCUUUUACAAUGAUGAUACUGCGCACUAAUUAAUAAUUUAACAAUAUAUUUAUUAUUGUGGCUGUAGUUUACAGUUGUGUAGAACGGCAAUGUUCAUGUGUAUAUGUUUCUAAUAUUUUAUGCUCCACAUUAAUAAACAUAUUGUUAAAAUCAUUAGCAGUAGUUCGACCUUCCUCUGUGGAGUUUGCAUGUUCUCCUUGUGCGUGUGUGGGGUUUCUCUGGCUUCCUCCCACAUUCCAAAAGCUUGUUUUAUAGGUUAAUUGAGGACUCUAAAUUGUCUAUAGGUAUGAAUGGUUCUUUGUCCAUAUGUGUCACGCGAUUUCCUGGUGACAAAUCCUGGGUGUAGCCCGCCUCUUGCCCAAAGUCAGCUGGGAUCGGCUGCAGCACACCCGGUAUCCUAAUGACAACAAGCGGUACUGAAAAGGAUGGCUGGAGUAUUUUUACUGGUUCUAAUUGUCCAAGUGUACCCAUUGAAGUCCCCAGUUUGAUGGUUAAAUGAUUACAUAAAGUAAUGAGAUUGGCACUUUUAUGUUAAAGUAAUAUGAUUAAACUUAUUUUCCCCUAUUAUAUUUUUAAAAUCUGUUCUAUUCCCAUCUACAGCUUUAUCUUAUACUGUCAACUCAUGUUGACAUUAUAAUGUGGAUAAUAUAUUCCUAGAUCAAUGCAGUCAGUCAAGUGUAUGUCAAAGGAGGUGAAAUCAUUUAAAGAAACUGCAGUGACUGAACAGACAUCAGUGCCUAAAAAAAUGUCCACGUGGCUUGAAUCAAACAAUGGACCACAGAUGUUUGUCAGGAUUUGAACACAUUUGUAAAGGUUUCAAGAAACCAGAAUCAGUGGAAAUAAAUAUCAAU